GACACCAGACAUCCUGACCGACACUCAGUCACGGCCGAACCUUCCUGCAUCAUGCACCAAACCAUGCGGGCCGCUCCCUGUGCUUGGUUGGUGUUCUUGCUGCUGGCGCCGAACCUCCUCUCUGCCACCGCCGAUAAGUGCAAAUCCAGCGACGUAAAUCUCAGCGAGGGAGAAGAGAAGAAGGUUGACACAUCAUAUGGAGGAUACGUCACCUGGCAGAGCCUCUUCCUGCACCUCAAGGAAGGUUUCAAAGGGAUGGACCUCAAAAUCAGCGGAGGCAGUGGUGAAGUCAUUAUGUCGUUCGAUGCGGAAAUAGAGUGUUUCCGUCAAGGCACCCACUGGUACAAGAUGCACUUCACCUGUGGAUACACUGUAGACUCCGAAUACGUCUGGUGUGCCAUUGUGGGUGGUGACUGUCGCUGGCACUGCAGCAAGAAAUACACUUCAAACGGCUCUAUAAAACUGAUUGUGAUAGCCAAGGGACCCUCAGAGUGGAAACUGGACACCCCCAAUCUUGACACCUGCCCCAGAAGAGAUGUCACUUGGCUAACGAGAAAUCGUAACCAUUCCAUGGGCAUUGUCGCAUGCAACCUGAAGGAUGCUGCCAUGCCAGGUGAUGACUCCACGAUGGUGCUUGCAGUGGUGUUGCCGGUGGUGGUGCUGGUGGUGCUGGUGGCGGUGAUUGUGAUGGUGAUGAAGAAAAGCAAUUCAUGUCAGGAAAGAAUACCAUUUCUCAUGCCCACUCGCCACACUCCCCGGAUGAGGCCACUCCCCGCUGCAUCACCGCCCCUGGCACACACCUGCUGCGGCGCCAAGCAAACCCACACACAUUGCAGGACCGCGGAAAGCCGCACCCUUUGUAGCGCCACGGAAACGAGAAGCCACGCCAACAACAUCACUGUCAGAGGAAUCGAACGCCUCGUCUCCUUGCAGUGGCAGCGAACACACCUACCAAGACAUGUCAGAUUUGUCCAAUUACUACCUGAGUGUUAAGCCCGUGCCGUGCCAAAAGCCAGACGUGGUGGAGCAGUAAGGAUGGUGCUUCUCGAUCGUGUUCGUCACUGUUGGGAAAGGAAGGGUACAGCUUUCUACUCCUCUGAAGGUGUUUUGCUGGGACACUUGUUGAUUUUUUGCUCACUAAUUAAGUCAAACUGCCUCAUCUUACUCUUCAUGAAAGCAUUUGUUUAUUCUUUACCAGCCAGGUAUUAACGGUUUAGUGUAGUGAGUUAGUUUUCUUGGCGUAUUCAUUUCUUAUCCAUUGAGUGGGUUAACUUACCUUCCGACACACUUCAGGAAAAACUUGGUCCAUUAAGGGUUAAGUGUACUUUGUAGUUUUUCUCGGCCUGUUAAUUUCUUGUCCUCUAAAUGAGAUUUUACCUUCUCAUACACUUCAUGAAAAUCCCUCAUAUAUUCUACGCUAGCCAAGCAUUAAGUGUUCAGUAUAUUCUGCAUUAUGUAUCCUCGGCGUGCUGUCUUAAUUGUAUGAAAAUGAUCCUCGGAGGAAUGCAGUCAAUGGCCAACACUGGUCGUACCUUACUCACUCAAGUUGUUAAUCCUAAGCCCUCUGAUCUGAAAAUCUGUCAACUCUCGGGUCUUGUUACUCGAUGGUCAGCACAUCAAAUGACUCAAUACUGAGGACAAACAAAGCACAAUGGAAGGCAGUGCAUGCAGAUGGUGACUCGGGUUGUGUCCAUUUCUGUACCUCCUCCUAAACCCUGCUUGCUCACGGGGGACUGUCGAGGAAAGCUUGGUGCUGUGUAUUACUGGAAGUGUUGAGGAAAGGUUAGGCAGAAAGAUGUUAAUAUGAUAAUUAUUGAUGUUCACUUAUAGGAAAGGCUACAUAAUCAAACAGUAAUGAGUCAAUAUAAUACUUACUAUUGUUUAUUUGUUACCUCAUAUAUACGUGCAUAUAACUGUGCAUAAUAUUUCCUACCUGUAAAGCGUGAGUAAGCUGAUUAUGCUGUUAGUCUCCAUGCUGGUUAGGUUAGUCUCCAAGCGAGUGUUCCUGGGUGUUCCCAAACCCUCGCCAGCUAUCCAGCAGUGUUGUAGUGCUUGCGUCACCCUCACCUGGAGCCUCGUGGUGUUUGCAUCUUGCUGUUUUGUCGCCUCUGCUUGGUUGUCGUGGAUUGAUGUACGUAGAUGGGUAGUUUGUAGUGAAGUUGUAACUGUCGACUAAAUUUGCUCAGAUUUUCUUUCUUUCUUUGUUUUCCUUUCUUUUCCCCUUUUUCUUUGCCUUUUUCACUUCCUUUAUUUCUUUUAUCUUUCUUUGUUUUACUUCCGGUCUUUUGCUUCUUUUUUAUUUAUUUUUUUUACUUUUUUGUUCUGUCCUUUCUUUUUUAUAUAAAAGUUUAUAUCUGAUGUAUAUGAAUCAUGUGAGACAUUUUACUACUACUACUACUACUACUACUACUACCACUACUAAGACCGCUAUGACAAAUCUGGGAGUGGCGUCACGUCCUCCCAGCAGAUGGCUGUGCUCUGUGUCAUUGUGUGAAACGAUCAGCGUCACACGAUUAUGUUUCUUCUCCGUGGCUCUGUAGCUGAGUAAUCGUUAGUUGAGCGUCAUGUUCACUGAGAACCUUAAAUCGUUGCUUCAUUGUUUAAUUAUGUGUUUCCUCCAUCUAUUCUACUUGUUCUUAUUUUUUAUAUUAUUAUCACUACUACUACUACUACUACUACUACUACUACUACUACUACUACUACUACUACUACUACUACUACUACUACUGCUACUACUACUACUCCUGCUGCUGCUGCUGCUGCUACCACCAUUAUAAUGAUCUUUUAC